AUGUCAGGUGUAUACGCCUUGGCACAGCCACCGCAAGUGGAUGCUGUGUUCGCCAAAGUUUUGAUAAGUGCCUUAGACCUUUCACAGUGCCCUAAGAAGGCCAAAGUACUCGUGCCGGCUGGAAAAGGGUCACCUUACAAGGUAAAGAUGGAGGAAGUCAGGAACAAGGUCUUGCUUGAGCAUCUCGAAAAAUCUCUCAAGAUUUCUUCAGUGAGCGGCAACCCAGUUGCUGAGUACAACGCAAGCGUACGAGACCUCUUCCUCGCGGGCAUACCAAUGCUAGAAGGCUUGGGCGAAAUGGCUGAGGGGAAAAAAGACGUAUUAACACAGGUUUCACAAGCGGUAGGGACGGAAAUGCAGCAAGAACUCGACGAUAUAAUACGUGAAGAAUACAGCACGGUGUUAACGACGUGUACGUCCAUGCCUGACAGCAUUACAGUCUCAACCGUGAAACUGUUGUUAGUCUGCUUCCCAGUUUUCCCUGUAGCUCUGUUUCUGACCCAUUGCUGGAAAAAUUGCAUGAAAAAUUUCAAAGGCAGUUGCAAGCAUUCCAUGUGCUCUAGCGAAAGCCGUUCCGUAUCUUUGCACGUGAAGAAAUGCAACAGCCUAUGUUUCUUGCCUUGUGCACGCACAAUCUGCAAAACCGGAUCCUUCUACGCUGGAUUUGGAUGUUGUUUGUUGCGUUUCGCUUCCUCAGAUUUGGAGAAAGCAGGCAAAAGAACUUCCCGGUUCAAGCGGGUGCUUGCCAGAAACAAACUCUUACGGAAAAUGUUCGUUGGCCUUCUGAAAUUCAUCUUGAAGAUUUGCCUGCCCUUCUUGAAGAGAAACAAAAGAACCCACAGUGCCUCAGCAGCGAGACUGGAGCGCGGAAGAAAUGCUUCUGUUCUCCCCUUCUUGGGGUUGUACCCUGGAUCCAUGGCUUGGGCCGAAUUCGUGAAGGCAUUUGUUCGUGAAGUCGUUUUAUCAGGGGACAAAGCGAGUGCUCGGCUGGAAGGCGAACUGGUGAAAGCGCUGCUAAAAUCCUAUUUUAGCAGAAAGAAAGCGGCGCUGAGCAAGGUGAAGAGGAAGGCGAAGAAAGCAGCCAAGAAAGCAGCCAAGAAAGCAGCCAAGAAAGAAGCCAAGAGAGCCCGAAAGAGAGGAGGGAACGCGGCUGAUGGGGUGCUGGCGGCUACGGCAUUAGUGCAACUGAGCAAAAGGAGAGGCACCCCUGCGUUUUCAUCGCCAGUCCGCCGUCUCGUUGCCGCGGAGCAGCCCUAUUUUGGAAAGCUUUUGCGUGUUCAGGGAGCUUCUUCUUCCCUGCUGCAGUCAGAGGGGGAAGGUGUACAUAACGGACGUCACAAAAAGGGGAAGCGCUUGCUGAUUGGUCUUAUACUCUUGGGUCUUGUCGGAAUUAUGAUUUUAGCGAGUGGUGCAACUCUGGGCCUCUGGGUUCCCAUAAUGGCGCUGACAGUUUCUAUAAUUGGACUGGUGCUGAUUGUAGUGAUGAAAUUCUUGAAGGCUAGAAGUCAAACCUCACAACAUGGAGAGGAGGAUUCUUCUACGGACACAGAUGACGACCAGGAGGCUGGAUUUGAGGGCGAAGAUAAUGAUGCCUUCGAAGAGUGA